AUGGAUUCUCAGAGGGGUAUUGUUGAAGAUCCUAAAUCUCAGUCCUUGAAUCGGCAAAACUCUCUCUAUAGCUUAACACUCGAUGAGGUCCAAAACCACUUGGGGAGCUCUGGUAAAGCACUUGGAAGCAUGAACCUUGACGAACUUCUCAAGAGUGUUUGUUCCGUUGAAGCUAAUCAGCCAUCGUCCAUGGCUGUCAAUGGAGCAGCUGCUCAGGAAGGGCUUUCUCGCCAGGGAAGCUUGACUUUACCACGGGAUCUCAGCAAAAAGACUGUUGAUGAGGUCUGGAAAGACAUUCAGCAGAACAAGAACGGAGGUAACGCUCAUGAGAGGAGAGAUAAGCAGGCUACACUCGGCGAAAUGACGCUUGAGGACUUGUUGUUGAAAGCAGGAGUGGUGACUGAGACAAUCUCCGGUGCGAACCAUGACGGUCCUGGUGGUGGUCCAGGUGGCGGGGGUGGUGGUAGUGCUGGUUUAGGGCAAAACAUGACUCAGAUCGGCCCAUGGGUUCAGUAUCAUCAGCUCCCAUCAAUGCCACAGCCUCAAGCAUUCAUGCCGUAUCCUGGUGCAGAGAUGCAAGCGAUGGUUUCUCAGUCUUCGCUGAUGGGUGGUUUGUCAGAUACACAAACUCCAGGAAGGAAGAGGUUAGCUUCAGGAGAAGUUGUAGAGAAGACUGUUGAGAGGAGGCAGAAGAGAAUGAUAAAGAACAGAGAGUCUGCAGCUCGUUCCCGCGCUAGGAAACAGGCUUACACUCAUGAGCUAGAGAUCAAAGUUUCGCGGUUAGAAGAAGAAAACGAAAGACUUAGGAAGCAAAAGGAGGUGGAGAAGAUCCUUCCAAGUGCACCACCGCCUGAUCCCAAGCGGCAGCUCCGGCGAACAAGCUCAGCUUCUUUCUGA